AUGACAACUCCACUAGCUACCGCUUUAUGCAUUUGCGCCGCGCUACUUCACACUACCGGUACGUACCGCCUUGUAACAAUAUUAGAAUAAUAAUGUCAUUAUUGCAUUGUCCGAUGCGCAAUAAUAUCCGUGAAAAUAUUGCCCCGCAGUAAUAAUAAUAAUAACAACAAAACGAUAACACGGGGGAUUCGGUGUUAUGACCUCGCGUGCGCGUUUUAUUAUUGGUAUUAUGCAUCUUCCGACGGUAGGUAAAUGUGAUGACAAAAAAAGAAAAGAGAUUCAAUAAAAAUAUCGAUUUUUUUUUUUUUCUCUCUCUCGUCAAAACCGGUUUUUUCUCUUAUAUUUUCGUUUUAUUUUUAUAUAUAUAAAAAAUGUAUAAUAUGUUCGAUCGCGAUACGUGUAAUUAACAAAGAGGUAUAAUAAUAUAAUAUGCAAUUUAUAUCUUGGCAGUAGGUAUACUGUUAACGUACACCGUGUUGUUCUUGGUUUUUUUUAUAACAUGAUGCAACGUGCCAAUAUCUUUGCAUCACACACUGCGCCGGACACAGCUUCGUGUAUUAUACGAAUGUCGGGACGUAUUUAUCUAAUAUAAUAUAAAAUAUAUCAUCACCCCGGUGCAAUAAUACACAAAUAAUAAUAAUAAAAAUAAUAAUAGGCGUAACGACAUUACCGGAUCGGUUUGAAUGCGGCACGAUCCGGGGACAAUUCCGUCUUCGCGGUUUUGCGCGCGCGCGUUUUUACAACAGCUAUUAUUCCCGAACGAUUUAUUUGUAAACUUGUAAACUAUUCGUAAUUUUGUCGAAUAGGCGCGCAACGAUAUCGGGUACCUAUAUUAAUUAUUGACCGUUAGGAGAUACUGUUUAUAAUGGCCCGCGCGCUGUAUUACGUACAGUAUCAAAAUAUUACAUUAUUAUACGCCAUAAUAAUUAAUUUUUACAUUAUGCUCCAUAAUAAUAUAAUUGUCACGACGCAGGGACGUUCGGAAUUCAAUCAGAAAAACAAUUUUCGCGAAAACGGUUUAGACAUUUUUGUUUUCACAAAAUGGUCUUUCGGGAAAUCGCCCCGGAAUCUCUAGUAUGUUUCAUUAUUUAUUGUCCGUCUGAAGUUGCUGUAUUAUCUUUCUAGCUGUCCACACUUAUUAGGAAUUGUAUAAUUAUAUAAGUAUAGUUGCCUAAAUCAUUUAUUCGUUUUUUAUCAAUAACAAUUAAUUGUGUUUGAAUUUAAAAAAAAAUCUAAACGAAACGUGUAUAGGAAACUAAUGGCUACAAUGCAUACAGAGUGUCUCACGAAGAUAUAUCUCCAUACACUCAUUGUAAUAUCUCCGGAGAUAAUAAAGAUAAUCAAAUUCUGUUUUUUUUUUUUUUUUUAUACAUAUUACUUACAGGGAAUAAGGACUACAAAUAUUUAUAUUUCAAUUAAACGUUUACGCUUUAAAAAAAUAACUUUAUUUUUUAUUUGCGAAAAAUUUUAAUAGAAAAAUUUCAUUAAAUACGCGAUGUUCAAUAAUUUUUAAAAGUUCCAAGAAAAAAAGUGUACAGUCGAUUGGCCAUAAUAAUAAUUAAUCAUUGAAUGCAAUUAUAGCUUGCUGCAUAAUUAUUGGUACUUUUCUCUGAACUUUAAACAAUUAUUAAAAAUCACGAAUCUAAUGAAAAUAAAAAGUUGAAACGUCAACAUUUCUAGACGAAUAAACUCUAUAAAAUUGCUAUCUUCCAAAUUAUAAAAAAAAAAAAAAAUAAUUUAAAUAUAAAUAUUAUUUUGUAGUCCUUAUCCCCGUGAGUAGUAUAUGAAAAAAAAAAAAACAGAAUUUAUUUAUCUUUAUUAUCUCCGGAAAUAUUACAAUGGGGUAUAUCAUUGUGCACACCUAAUACCUAAAUAAUAUCCUAUACCAAUGCACAUCAAAAGAUCGCAUUAGGACAUGCGGUUUAUAAAAAAGUAUUUAUCGACUUGCUCGCCUAAUUUGUUUACAUACUUGCAAAUUUGUUGACCAAAUCAGGUAUGCAUGUGGAUUAAAAUAGACACGUACAUUUGAAUAUAUGUGUAUAAUAUAAUUAUUUAAAUAUAUUAUAUAAUAUUUUAAUACGAAUAAAUAUUACUCUACGUCUAAACAACGGCGCAAGUGUAUAUAUUUUUAAAAUUGAAUUUGGUUGUAUGAAAAACUACUUAGGUACGUAGAAAAUUGAACUAAACCACUCUUGCCUGGGACCAAAGAUAUAGUUAUUAAGGGAUUUUGAAGCGAUAAUUUUCUAUUAUUGCCUUUGUCCUGCACACGUGCAACAUAGGAAUUAUUUAGACGCAUUCUAUUUCCACCGUACCGAUUGAUCUAGUGAAGCGAUAAGAAUUCUGGAAACACAUUGAAUUUUUUACCAAGUCAACUAGAAAUCAACUUUCCCACUUUUUUGAUUAUGUCCUUCUAAAUCCUAAAAACAACCAUACUAACAAAAAUAGUAAUUAAUAAAAUUGAACAUUUACAUUUUUGGAGAAAUUAAAAUCAACAAAUCGCCAAAGUCGAUUUCAAGAAGACUUGAUGACAAUUCAAAUCUGUUUUCAGUAUUCUCAUCGUUUCAUUUGACCAAUCGAUACGUUGGAAAUAGAACACGUCAAAAUCCUUAUGUUGCACGUGUGUAAGACAAAGAUAGGAAAUGACCGCUUCUAAUCCUUUUAACAUUUAACACGUCAUUUAUCAAACAUACAGAUAUUUAUAAUAAAAACAAGGUAUACUAAUCUAUAAACUUCAGUUUAUUAUAUGUGUUCUAAAUGACCCAAUUAAUAUACCUAUGAGCUUAUGUUAAAAAUAAAUGGCACUUACGUGAAAAUUAAGUCAUAGACAACGGAAACUGAAUCAAUUAAAUUUAAAUGACGUAGUUUUUAAUGGACAUUGUUUAAAUUGAACAUUUGUUUAUCUUUCAAAUAUACAUUCAUAUUAUUUUAAUAUAAGGCAAUUAUAAAUCCUCGUAAAUUUAAAUAACUUUUAUAAGCGUAAUCGACAGCAGUUAGUCGUAUAUUGCAUAUUAUCGUAUUUCAUAUUUAUUACAUUUUAGGUAUUCUGUAUUCUAUAUAUAAACGAAAUAAACAGUAUAGUUAAUAAUUCAUUAAACAACAAACAUUCUAGACAAAUAAACAAAUUUAUGUGUCAAUUAAUAUAAUUUAUAAAUCGUAUUUUUCUUCGUCUCGUGAGGUUACAAUUAUUAAUACCUAAUAAAUGUCGUAAAUAACAAUCGUCUUUCAUUUAAUUUAUUACAAGAUCGAAUUUAUAAAGAUCAUUUCCUAUAUUAACUAAUAAUUAUUUUAUUUUCAUAGGUCAAUUAAGUACCUAUUAUUGUCUUGUAUAAGUAUGACUGUAUGUUUUGAACUGUUUAAUUAUUUUCAUAGGUAUAAGAUGUAUAAGGUAGAGAUUUUGAAUAGAGUAUGGAAUAAGUACAUAAUAUAUUAAAAAAAUAUUAGAAAAAAAAUGUUUUAAUUAUACAUAAACAUAAUAAAAAAUUGCAAAUAAAUAGUUUCGUAAGGUAUUAAAAUAUAGGUAUUAGUAUUAUAUAUAUGCAUUUAUAGGCGGAUGGUAUUUAAAAAAAAGGAAUGUUUUAAUUUCUCAACUCGAUACCUAUACCUGUCUUAAUAGAGAUCGUGAUAAAGCCCAUAAAAACAGUGAGUAGAACUUCAUGCAAACGCGUUAUAAAAUAUACUUAUACUAAAAAUCUUGUAAGUAUAAAUAGUUAUUGGGUGAUUAAUAAUUCGUAUCCGAUAUAUUAAUUUACACUGGACAAAACCAAGCAUUUUUUUUGUAGCACUUGAAUCUUAUAUACAAGCAGUAGCAACUAACAAUACUACAUAAAAAAGGUAGGUAGAUAGAAAAGAUAGAUACAUCUACGUGCAGUGAUUCCCAAUAAUAUGUACAUUAUACAAUAUAUGCAUAUAACACAAAAAUUAGUUAUGAACAUACUAGAAAACUUAUAAUGUUUCUAGCUUAUAAACUUUAAACUCGUUAAAGGUUAACACAAACAACAUAAUAUUUAAUCAGUGCCCCCUUGAUCUGAUAUUUAUUGAAAAUAUAAAAACGAAUGCAUUAAUUUUAACUGGCCUGAUAACACGUAAUUAGUCAGUUAGUUAAAGUGAUAAUAAAAAAAAACCCACUCCAGCAAUCGAUUAUAAUUGUACAUUUGUACUGCAGUAGAUAAUACUAUGUUUUUGAUUUCACAUUUUACGAGUUUAUUAUAGGUAGGUAUACCAAGGUCCUCCAAUAUUAUUAAUUUUUAUAUUUUAUAGGUAAAUCGAUUCAGUUAUAAUCGUAUUAAAUUAAUUCAUUCGGAUUAAUUAUUUGUAAUUUAGAAAACGUGUUAAAAAUUUUUAUGACCUCCACAGUAUAUAAUAAAGAAACCAAUAUAUAACUGUUAUGUAGUUAUAGUUACAUCAGUAAUUUUUUAGUAAAAAUAUAUUAUAAAUAUUAUUUGGCUAUAUAUAAUAAUAUUUGGUACCUAACUCCAUUUACUUAUGGACAAUAUUUUACUACAAUAAUCAAUUAAUUUUAAUAUAUUAUAAUGCAUUACCAGCACAGUAUUGAACUAAUUUAAAUAUUUAAAAAUAGUAUAAGUAGAUGUUAGAUUUUUACAAGUUCCCAUGUUCAAGGCCGUAGUUGAUCAAAUUUUCGGAAGGGGUAAAAUUAAAUCAUCUAUUAUUUGUAUUACAAGCAUAAUUAGUAUUUAUCUUGAAAAUAAUAAACAAUACUUUAGAAAAAAAUAUUAAGAAGUAGAGGAAUUUAACCCCCGAAACGUAUUUGGAAUAAAGAUUUCAAACGUAUACGUAUUACCUAUACCAAUACGUAUAAAUUAAAUGGUGGCAUGCUGAACUGGUUAGUAAAAAUAUUUUUGGCCCACGCCGAAAAAUGCUUUGUACGAGAAAAAAAACCACCCGCAUAAAAUCUGUAUCGUCUUUGCAUUUUACAAGAAUAUUGAAAGAAAAUAUCGAGGAAAAUACCAACAAAUAAUUUGUGUAUUUUACAAAAAAAAUUGUACUUUGCUUAUGUAGCCCUCGUGAAACAAAAUUAUCUUACCUGUAAUAGUGGCCAUGCUGUGCCUAUAUAUAUAACUAGCCGACCCGUCACGGCUUCACCCGUGAUUGGUUGUUUAAUUUGCCUUUGGAUAAUGAUAUAUAGAACUUUUUAAUCAAAUUCUAUCGUUUAAUAAUAUCGGCAAAUUAAUAUAAAAAAAAAAAAAAACGGUUAAUGAAAACGUAUUGAAAUGUUUCAAGCGGGAUUAAUGACAAAUAUAUUUUUACUAAAAAUGAAUGCAGAUACAAAAGAAAUGCUGAGUAAUUUACGGUUGAUAAAGAAUUCUGAAGAGAUAUUCUGAAGAGAAUUCUGAUAAAGAACUUCUGAGUAUAUGGCGGUUUUUGUUUUAUCUCCUGUUGAAAUUAAAAUCAUAAGAUGCUUCGGGUCCCCAGUUCGAGAAAAUCUCACGUAUAAUUGUCCAUGUGAAAAGCACUGUGUUCGAAGACCUACGCCAACGUACCUGUAUGGUUGACCUUGAGCUUUGUGUAUCGUGAUUGCCAAAGAAACUUUAACAGAGAAUUAAAACCGUUUGAACGGAAACGGCAANUUGUCAUCUUGUACCGUUACAUAACUUCGGUGGUUGAAGAUUACGUAAUAAUGUAAUCGGAGUACCAAUUUUUAAUUUUAGCUUAUGGAGAGGAAAUCCCGAAGGAGAAAGAGAAUUGAGAAAUUAUUGUAGAUAUAAAUAUAUAAAGAUAUAGAUAAAGAUUAAUACGAAUAUUCGGUAUACAUGUUGUUUGGUGUGCGUGCGAUAAACUUCUCGGAACAAUUCGUACCUACACGCCGAUGUCAAACACGAUACAAUUUGACGAACAAAAAGGUCAGGUCGCGGGUAGCUGUAAACCCGCGGGCCGCCGUGCCGCACAAUGCGUAUAUAAUAUGGGUAGACAAUUUUUUAAUUUUUCAAGAACUUUAUACUUAUUUUUUAUUGACAAAACCUUCAGCAGAGUGUCGGGUACAACGGUAAAAAAUUUCAGCCAAAUCGGUACGGUGGUUUUCUCGGUUAGCGCGGUCGUAGAAAACCCCUUACAAUUUUAUAUAAUAGUAUAGAUAAUAAUAUAGUUCCUGCACCAGUCACUAUUGUUAAAAUAUAAGAAAAACACCAACAUUAAUGUACUAAUAUAUUAUUUGAUAAUUAAUUAAUCCCCGUUAAAACCGUAAAACUGUCGUCUGGGUUUUGUUUAGUAAAAAUAAAUAUUUUAAUUAAAGUUAUCCUAACAGUAUAAUACAGAGUGUACAGUACGGAAGACUUUCCGUAUUAUACAUUCAUUGUCUCGGAAAGUACGAGUUUAUUUGAGAAAUAUUUUUUGUUUAAUGUCUAAGAUUUACGCUAUUCUAAUAUUAUAUGUUAUCCAUAUUUGUGCACCCUUAUUUUAUUGGUAGUGAAACCAUUUCUAACUUUUGAUUUUUAAAUGGCGUCAUCUAUAUUAAAAAUGCUACAAUGAAGUAGAUGAUAUUUAAUUUUAAAAAUAAAUUUGGCGUUGAAAAUUUUAAUUUUCAUCCAUAGACCAUAAUAUUCUCAUAAGACUAGCACAUUUUAUACCAAAUACGUUGAAAGUCGUGGCCCGACAGCGUACUGAUGCAGAUCGUCUAUAGAACAGUAUUAGGUUGACACUCAUUACGGUCAAGCACAUACUUUUCGAAUGUCCCCAGUACAAUGCGAUAUGAAAUUAAAUAUUUAUUUCACAAAUAAAUGUCCAUCCAUGUUUUGUUUUUAAGAUUUUCAUUAGUUGAAAAUCUAUAAAAUAGAUUAUUACGCACAUUUAAGAACCAAAAUUACUAUUCUAAUGCAACUCUAUAUUAACCUGAAAUGUUAAUAUUUUCUCCUCUCGUAUUGUUAUGGCAGAUAAUGCAUCUUUACUUAUUUUAAAUCAUAUAUUUAAGUAUAUAUAUUAAAUACUAAAUUAGGUACUAUAUAUAUAGGUAUAUUAAAGAUUUAAGACUUAAAUUAUCUUUUAUUACAUCAACCAUGAUAACAAUAUUAAAAUAAAAAGACGCGAAAAAUGUGAUAAUUGUACAAAAUUUUUAUACCGUAUCACAAUAACUCAGUAACUGAAAAGCAUCUAAUCACCUAUCUUAGCACGACGGCAAUGUAAAAAGGGCCAGUUUAUGAGUUUAAUAUGGUCUGUUUUCAUUAUCCCAUUGGCAAGAUAUUCCACUUUUAAGUUUCUCAUUUUGUAGAUCCAUUUUGCAGAUCAUUUUUUAGGCCAGGUAGGGAAACAUUUACAUAUUAAGUUUCUUAUUAUUUUUAUUUCAUUACCCAUAUACACGAUUGUGUAUUUUAAUGUUACAUAAUUGUAUUCGAAUUAAGUAUAUGCAAAUUAAUUUGUCUUAAUCGUUCCUAUAAUUUAAGAAAUUAAUUAACUUGUUCCUAUUGGUAAUAUUGACAACACGGCUAUCAGUUAUCUGAAAAAAUAAUUAGGUAGGUAUUAAAAUCAAAAUUACUUAUAUUUUAUUUAGUUUGCAAUUAUAAUAAAUUACAGUGUAUUCUUAUUACUUAAAUUCCAAAAAUUAAGCGUCAGCAUUUUAUGAAUGCAUCAACUAUGAUUUAAAUAAAUGCCCUAGGUACCAUCAAUGGCUGCAGUAAUACCUAGUGACUAUGUAGAUAACUUAUUUAAACAAUAUAUUUCAAUCUUUAGUUAACUAAAACAUUAUAUUCCUAUUGGCUAUUAUUAAGUUAAUUAUAUAUUGUCCCAAGGCCAGAAUUAGGGAGGGCGGGAUUUAUCCUUGAGUGUGAAAUUAUCGGAGCUUAUUCACGUAUUUUUGUUAUGUAUUCAUAUAUUUUACGGAUAUUUUAUUUUUCAAUAACAUAGAAGACUAGGAGGGAAUUAGUUUUUCAUUUAUAAAUAUUAAGGACUGAAGGAGGUUGAAGAAUACCGCAUAAGGCAUACAGUACUAUUUUUAUCUUAAGUGUACAAAUUCGUAGUUCCGACACGGGAUGUUCCUAAAUUUGAAUUACAUUUUGUUAACCUUUAAUCAAAUGAUCAUUAUAUCUGUAGAAACGUUGCGUUUGCAAAACCCAAAAUUCUAAUAAAUAUGACAAUAAUAACCGAAUAAUAUUAUAGUUAAAUGUGCCUAUUUAAUUAAUCACUCGCACAUGAAGAUAAAAUGAUUUUAGAAGGUUUACCUAUUACCAUAUGAAAAAUUCACACACUUAUGUUAUUUUUUAAAUAAAUUAUAGUAUUAUUAUAUAACAUACCCUUAUGUAAAGGUGGGGUCGGGGGUUAUCAUUGUUUUUUUUUUUAAUGUAACUCAUUAGAAGUUAGGUACUGAUUUUAUCGAAUUAAAAGCACAAGUUUAAUUCUGCAAGAAACUCGAAGUACCUAUAAUAAUGUGUGGUCGAAAAAUUAUAAUUUAUUUUUUUACUUGAUCUCACUAAUAAUUUACGUAUUUAUUUUUAUACUUUGUCUUGUUCGUGCUACCUACCCUCAAGAAGAAAUCUCGCGCAUGGUCUGUAAUAUAGGAAUAAAAUGUAUUUCAACAAUAACCAACAUGAAAUAAAAUAAAAUAAAUGAAACGUAUGCACUUGAUUAAAUGAAAAUUGUGUACAGCUUAUAUUAAUAAGUUUGGUAAUUAGUAAGUACCUAAUAAGCUUUUAAAAUAAUUACCUCGGUUUUAUCCGUUUUAAAAAAUAAAAGAAUAUUUGGGUAGUGACAUGUUACAUCUGAUGUAAAAUUGUAUAGGUAUCAAAAUAAAUUAUAUGCUAUAAAUGCUAUGAUCUCAUAUUAAUAUCAUGACACUGACUUAUUUACUUCAUUUUAAUUUUUUAUUAAGCAUUGUUAUUAGUGUAUUGUCUUUUAAUACUUUUCUUUGUUAUCUCUUCAGUAUUGUGUAACGAUUUCGUAUUAUUAUUAUUAUUUUAUCGUACCUAUCUAUUUAACAAUAUUUAAUUUGAAUAAUAUUUUAUGUAUAUAUUUACGCAUAGGUACUAUGAAUAUUGUUAUCACUAUAGGUACUUAUAAUGUUAUAUUUAGAACUUGUUCCAUGAUUAGUUAAUACAUAAAUAAAAUAUGUACCUAUGUAUCAAAGCAUUUAUACAUUUGUGUCAAAUCAGACAUUAAAUAUUAUGCGUCUUUCUAAGAAAUAUGAUAAGAAAUAUAUAACAACAACUGCUGCAUCAUAAAGCUUUUGAGCCCAGAUAAUUACGUAUUAUAAAUCAAAAACAACUAUAGUACCUACGCGGCUACGUAGGGUAAACGGUUAAAAAGUCAAGAAACAAAAGCUUCAUUUUAACAAAUUUGGACAGUAAUUUAGGGAAAAUUGUUUAAAACCAAAACAAAAAAUCCAUAAAAUAAAAUGAUUUUAUAAGUGAUUUUGCUGAUUUUUAGAUUCUGAGUGAAGCGAGGAAUUUAUGUUUUACAAUAAUGUUUAAUUUUUUUCCUGAGAAAAAUUUUUCUACCAGCAAAUUUGCUCCGAUUUACAAUGAUAACAGUUUUUCUGAAACUAAAUCUGAUUGAAAUUGUCGUUUAAGGAGGUCUUUUUUUGAUUUUCCCAGAAGUUUUCCCAAUAAAUGGGAAAAACCAGGAAAAUAGGUACAAUACUAACCAAAUAUUAUAAUAAUGUAUAACUAUAUAACUAUAUAACUAUAGUUAUUGUUUAAUUUUACCAUACUAUUAACCAAACUUCGCUCAGAAUCGUUUAUCGUUAGCAAUAGUGUCGUACAGAUAUAUAUCAAAUUUUCCCUCUACCUUAAUAACUUCUCACCUACAACAGUGACCCACCCACGUGCAAAGUUUAUCUGUCUUUUUCUUAAUUUUUAUUUUGUUGUGCAAAGUGUUUUCGUGGGUUUUCAUAGUUAUUGUUAUAAUAUACACUGAGAUAAUUAAAAUAGAUAUUUUUUUAUUUAGCCUUAUAUUUAUAUAUGGGUGUUAUCCAAUUGCUAAUAAUACUAUCAAUAUUAAUUUUUUUUAAACAAUUUUUUUUGAUCAGGGUUUGUAUCAAGGGAACACAAAUGUAGAGAGAAAUUCAAUUUUUAUUUUUAUCCUUGAAUCACUGCAAAACCUUUUUUUUUUUCACUUUUUAAAAUUUUAAAAUAGCCAAUUCAUAAAAUAUAUUAUUCUAAAAUUUAAAUGUAUCAUAUAUUCAUAUCGGAUCAAUAGUUUUUUAGUAAUAGCCGUUUAAUAUCUAGAGGAAGAUGUGAAAAACGAUAUUACCACGUUACACGAAUCAUAGUCGUUUUACAAGAUAAGAAAUACUGAAAUAUUAAAAUCUCUACGUUUGUGUCCCCCUGACAAAAUUUCAAAAAAAAUAAAUUGUGAGUUAUUAGCAUUUGGAUAACACUAUUUACAUAUACAGGGGCACCCUGUAUAUUUGUGUCCGAAGGGGGAGGUAAAACUGGUAAUUUGCUCCCCCCUUCUAAACUUCAAAAUUUCAAAUAUUAUUAUAUUUUAAGUACUUUUCAAUAUUUGAUUUUAUUAUACCCAUCCCUGAUAAAUUUCCUGCGGGCACCCAUGACCCCAUAGCCAUUAUAUAAUAUAUGCAUAUUAUAGUUAGAUUUAAAUACUUAGUUGAUUAAAAAUAAAUAGAAAACUGAGUUGGAAUUUCCAAUGCGAAUAUAAUAUAAAUACCAUUGUUAUAACUAGUUUUAUGAAGAAAAAAGUUGAUUUUAUAAUGUAAUGUAAUAAUAAUAAUUGUUUAGGUUAUUUUUUUAUUUCAAUGUGAUAUAUAUUUUGUAUUUUUAUGACCUAAUUUAUUUAAAUUUUAAAAAAAAUAUCGUUUUUAAUUAUUUCAAUUUAUAUUUUAAAACAAUAACUGUGGAAACUCGCCUAUAUUUUUUGCACAACAUUUAGUAAAAAAAUCAGCAACUUGCUUAACAAAUAUUAAUAUAAAAUAUACAAUUUUAUAGAAAUAGAAAUUUUAUUUUUCUGACUUUUUGUCUGACUAUUAACAAAUAAACCUGGGCUUAUAUUUAUUAUAUUUAUACCAGCACCAGAAGUUACACAGCGGCUCCGUUUCAGCUUGUUAUUUUUAUCGCCUAUACUUCAAAACGUCCUUACUAACGGCUUAUUCUUACGACCAACCGAUUUUCAAUGCUCUACUGUAGUUUCUGACAGCUAAUUAAACUUAAAAGGUUCGUCGUCCUGACACCCACACAUUGAAAUUUUAAAACCAAACCAACGCUAUUAUUUAGUUAGGAAUUCGUAAUUUUUUUAAAUUUGUAACUCCCCCAAAACCCGAGAAGAACAACUUUGUAAAUUUGGGUAGUAAAAUCAUUUCUCGUGGGUUAGGUUAGGUUCAUCAUUUUUACCAAGUUUUUAUUUCAAUUGUUUUGAUUAAAAUAGUAAUAAUUACUGAAUUUUAUGUGUUAUAUCUAGUUUAUGUGAAUAGAAUUUGUUUGGUACAAACAAAUUCUCAUAAAUUUGAAAAGAAUUUCUGACAAACAAUUGUAAUUUUAUUGGUUUUCAAUGACGUGAGCGUUUAUUUUAGAUUCUGACUGUAGCAACGAAUGUAUUGGUUUUACUAUAUUGUGUUUUUUUUUCGUGGUAAUUUUCUUAAUCCUAAUAUGACGAUAACCCCAAUGCAUUAUGCAAUAAUAAUAAUCUAAAAAAAAACUGACAUACUUCGCAUGUGGGCGCAGCCACUGUUGUAGGUGGGAAGUUGGAAAGGUAGGAUACAGGUCGGAAUUUAAUAUAUAUCUGUAAGCAACGAUUUUUGGAAAUAUUUUUAAAUAUGCCAUUUAUAGUUAUUAAUAGUAUCAAAUUAAUUCAUUAACAUUUAUACGACUGACGUUGAAUAUAAUAUCUAUAUGAGCACCGUACUCACGUAUUGUAUACUAGUGUUUUUCUUGGAUUUGGGAAAGGUUACACAUUUGGAAACAAAGAUUAUAAAAAUGUAUGCAUUUCUUUCUAAAUAAUGGCAUUGAUUUGGUUUCAAUCGGACAAGUUUAAGACGAUGUGGAUGCCAGGAGGAAGUCGUUUCAGCACCCGGAAAAUAAAAAGUGUUUUUGUCAGGUUUGGAGGGAAUUACAAUUCGUAAACAAAGGUUAUAAAAAAUUACGACUUCUUUAUAAAAUAAUGACGUUGGUUUGGUUUUAAAAUUUCAAAGUGCGGGUGCCUGGAUGAUGGAUCUAAAUAUAAAGGCUACAAAAUAACCUACUGUAGUCCAUAACGGCUUAUUGUCAGCCCCUCGAUCACAGCUUAAAAAAAUAACCAAAUCAUUUAUCGUUAUCACUAUCCUAGCCCACAGAUUUCCCAGUGGCUUAGUUCAACUAUGUGUAUAUUGAUAUUAUAAAUCAUAUAUAUAUAGACGACAGUAGCUGGCUGAAAGGAUCAAAUUUGACACAGCUGCGUCAACAUUUUAAGAGAUGGUAGUUGAUGGGGGUACAUGGUACCGGGUGGGCUUGGAUACUUGAGAUAUUAUUUUGAUAGUUAUUUAUUAAGUAUUAAUAGUAUGAGUACCCAUAUAAUAUCCUAAUAUUAAGGUGGUUAUCAGUUAUCAUAAUAUCAUUAAACAUGUGCGAUUUUACCAUAUACCUAUAAACUAUUAAAUAUACCUAGUGUAUCUGUUACAAUUAAAAAAAAAAAAACAUGUGAAAUAUGGGUAGUCUUCAACAGACCAAAUAUCAACGUAAAUAUUUUUUCAUCCUGGUUACCGAAGUCACCAAUAAAUAAACAAAAAUAAUUUGAUGUGUUAAAAUUUAAAAACUGAUAACUACCGCAGUAUCGUAAGGAAUCUAAUCUUUUUAGACAAAAGAUAACCUACAUUUUUCGUCAGGAUGCAAUAUUGUAAUCUACCUCCUUAACAAAUUUCAUCGAAAUCUGUUCUGCGGUUUUGACGUGAAAAGGUAUAAAGCAGACCGGAAAAUUGUUGCAUUUACCUGUAUAAGCAGUUAUGCGCAGUAUUUCAAUUAAAUGUAUUCAAAAUACAUUUUUAACGUAUUUUACAUUUUGAAAAUGGGUUGAGUUUAGGUAUCUCCGUAGGAAUGUAGGAUGAAUAUAUUUGCUUCGCUUUUAGCAAGGUUUAAGAUUAUUUUCCACUUCGUGAAUCAUUAUGAUAUUUAUUAUCGUGCAUUUUGUAUGUUACUCAUUAAGAACACUGGCAUAAGCUUACUCACUGGGGUGGCCCAAUGAAGAUUCUUUUGAAAUUUUUUCUAUUUUAAAAACCUAGAGCUUUAUUAAAUUAUCUGUAGAACAUUAUCUUGAUUCUAAAAAUGAAUACUCGAAGAGAUUUCUUGCACAAUUUUCAUGUUCAUCGUUUUAGCACUUGUGACGCGUUUUUUACGCCCGAGUCGUUUAAGUUACGUUUUUUAGAAAUUUAAUAACACCCAUGUUUUAUUAAACAAUAAAAUUCAUGUAAAAUUCUAAAAGAACAUUUAACUGUAAUACCAUAAGAUAAAAUCCGUCAAACAUUAAAUUUAUUGUAAAGAACUUGGGGUUCAUUACAUCGCCGUGUAGUAAAGUGUAUUGAAGCUAACGGGAUUGAACAACUUUUAUAAAUUAAAAUUCAUUUCAAAUAAAGUUGAUUGUGUAAAAACUGUGUUAAUUAAUCAGGUAUGAUAAAUUACUACAAAUGAAUUUCACCACCAUGUUUAUCAUGCAGAUUUCUCAAAGAAAUCGUUGUGUCACACGACAUUUUUUUUUAAUCUGGCAACUCGGCCGUGAAAAAUGCGCGAAAUCACCACCUUGAUUCAAAUGAGAAUUUUGCAAAAAAUCUCUUCGAGUAUUUAUUUCUAGAAUCGAUAUAAUAUUCUGCAGAUAACCCAAGUUUUAAAGAUAGCAAAAACUGUCAAAAGAAUCUUCAUUGGGCUACCCCAGUGAGUAAACUGAAACUAAUUUCCUCAUUCAUUUCAGAAAUCUUGUAUAUAGAAAAAUAUAAAAAAAUCUGUCCUAGGAUAAUGGGGACGAGUGCAGCCAAUGGUGUAAGUGGGAAGUUGUGAAGGUAGGAUAUAGAAGGAAAUUAAAUGUACCUAUAUCUGUACGCAACGAUUAUCCAUUGCUAACGAAAAAACGUUUCUUAGCGAAGUUCAGUUGAUAGUGUUGCUUUGUCAACAAUAACUGUUUGUCAUACAAAUUAUAGUAAAAGAAUUACAUAUGCAUUAAACAUUUUCUUUAAUAAUAUUUGUUAAAUAUUGUACCUAUUUUCCCGUUUUCCCUUCGUUUCUUCAGGUUUUCUCAUUUAUUGGGAAAACUACUUGUAAAAUCAAAAAAAGAUCUCCCUCAAAUACCACCCCAGUCAGAUUUGCUUUCAAAAAAAUUGCUGUCAUUUUAAAUCGGAAAAAAAUGUCUGGUAGAAAAGUUAUCCACAGAAAAAACAAAUUAAACAUCAUUGUAAAAUCAAUACAUUCCUCAUUCCACUCAGAAUCUAAUAAAAUAGUGAAACAGUUCUGAGUAUAGUAUAUUAAUCAAUUCGACUUUACAAUAAAUUAUUAAAGUUUAGCCAUUAUAUAGGUAUUAAUACAUCUGAGAUUAAUUUGACAUUGUUCCUAAAUGGUUGUAUCUACCGAAAUAUAAUAUGAAAAAACCAAUGAAACAAUCGUCCUUAAAUACGAACAAAACAAUCAUAUCAUUAAUAAUAAUAUAUUUAUAGUAUUUAUAAAUUUCUGGAUUGUGUUUAUACUCACAACCUACUUACCUAAUAGAAACUUCGAUGCAAGUCUAGAAAGUGUUAAUUUUUUAAAUUUUUUAUUGGAUAAUUUGAAUUUAUCAGUUAACCAUGUAAAUUAUUAACUAUUAAAUAUAUUGCUGUUUUCAAUAUUUAAAAUAUAUAUAGUAUAUAUUGAUAUAUUAAAUGUACCCUCAUUUUUACAUAAAUAAUUUUCUAGAAUAAUUAUACUUUCGAUUUUCUAUAUAUUUUUCUGAAAGUACAAGAAAAUUAAAAUUAAAAAUAUUAUUGGUAAGCACUUAUUUAUCAAAAUCAAUACUAUAUUAAUAUCAUUUUUUUCUAUUUCUUAGAAUUUUUGAAUGUAAUAAUUUAUCCUCAAUAAGUGAAAGAAAUAAAAACAUAAAUAAUACUAUUCUAACCUAAGUAUAUGUGUCUCAAUAAAUAAUACCUAAGCUAUUCUUAAGAUAAAAACUACGAAAUUUUACCUAAUUUUUGAUAUUAUUAAGUGUUCAAACAAAAUAAAUUUAAUUUGUUUUUAUUUAUUUGAAUAUAUAAAUAUAAUGUUAUAAGUUCAAUGGAGAAGUUAAAAGAAAUUCCUUUUUUUUUUUUUUCAGAAGUUAUUCUUUGCGGUGCAAUUAAACCUGUAUAUAUAAACUCAAUAACACCUCCACUCGAGUUUCCAUCAUAUGGGAAUACAGUUACACCACUUAUAACUGAUAUUAACCCUACACCUCCACUCGAGUUUCCAACGUUUCCAGCUUAUGGAAAGAUCAUACAAGCGACCGAUGCAGAAGCUAGUAACUUUGGUAAAUCUCCGACUUCGUUAACAUCUGAAAACGAUGACGAAACAACAGUGAGAGAUGAUGCACUUUCACCAAUCGAAAAAAGUUUACAUGAUGGAAUUUUAAAACCUACAUCAAUACCUAUCAAUAUCAUCGCUAAAAUAUCUAAUAAUUACACAGGGAAUUAUAUCGAAAAUAAAUACUACAAUAGUCGCAUUGAUGAGAACUGGGUAUCAAUUGCAUUAACUUUAUUUGUCCUUAUGGUUAUGGCUGUCAUUGUGCUAGCAUGUUCUGCAUUAUGCUUAAAAAAAGUUUUAAAGUAAGUAUUUUAACAUUAUGCCUUUAAGUACAUAAUAUAUUAACUCUUAUAUGAUUUUAUAGAAUACCUAGGCAAAAAGUAAUUUUUUUUAAACGUUAUUUAAAAAAAAUAAUUUAGUUUAAAUAAUACAUAAUUAUAUAAUGUAUACCCUAUAUUAUGUAAUUUGUACGUAACGAUAAAUCAUUGGUAAUGAAAUACGAUUCUGAGCGAAGUUAGAUUAAAAAUAUUUUUAAAUGUUGUAAUGUUUAUGAUUUUUACCAAAUUUAAACUUAAAACACUUAUAAAAAAAACUAAUAUUGCCACUUGCCAUCGAGUACACCUUAAAAUGAACCUCGUUUAAAAUAUAAUUAUUAUCAAAAUAGCCAAAACAAUUGUAUCCACAUAAAACUAAAUAAAAACUAAAAAACUAGAAAUGAUAUAUGCCUAUAAAUAGUUUAAAAAUCGCCAAGAAACUUUGAAUCACAUCUAGAAAAUACCAACACAAGUAUUUAAUAGCAGGUCUUUACAAUUAUUUUAAACUGAAUCACAAUAAAAAAAAAAAAAUCUAUCUUUAAAUAAUGGAGAUGGGUGCAGCCGCUGUUGUAGGUGAGAAUUUGGGAACGUAAUAGAGGAGAAAUGUAUAUAAAUACGAUUCUGAGAGGAGUUAAUACCAUAAUCAUUGUUAUAUGGUCUGUGCCAUAGAUUUAUGCGCUGCAAUAUUAUAGCUAGCUGCACUGGAAGUGACAACCAUGAUUGAAAUAUAAAAUUCAACCAUAAAUAAUAAAUAGAUUGUUGUUUUUUUAAAUUUAAUUAUCAAUUAUCAAAGACAUGAUAUGAUUAUUGAUAAGAACUUUGCUUAUGUAAAUAAGAAAUUACCUAUAAUAGCCCCUUAUAAUUUGCUCCUUGUUUCAUAAAUUGCCAUAGUUGCUUUCGUGUAGAAUGUUAUGUACAAUGUACAUAGCACGGCUAUAGAUAAUAUGGUUGCGGAACGACGUAUAUUAAACAACACAAUACGCCGAGCCGGAACGUUAUUAAAAAUGCAUGUAACUAAAAUUACUAACCUGUCACGCCAUCUAUGAUAUUAAUAAACUUGUACCACAUUUUAGAUAUAAUGCAGACCAUUAUGACGUACUAGCUUUCCCGCGCAAGUUUACAUAUUAAAUACGAAUUGAAAUAGCAGUAGUAGUGUUUGAUUUAAUUCUUGAAAAUGGCUAAAUGUUGUGUGAAAUAUUACAUAAAGUUUUAAAAACCACUUUCGUAGUCCCUAAAAACGAAUAUGAAAAAAAUAAAUGGGAUAAUGCAUUAAAAACUGUUCUUAAAAAAAGUUAUAGGGUGUGUGCUUCACAUUUUAUGGAGAAUGACAAAGUAUACUUGGGAAUCCGAUGAAGAUGGAAAUAAAUACAAAGAAUGAACAUAUUAUUUCAGUGUACUUAUAUUAUUACCAUUUUUCAAUAAAUGAUAUGUUACUAUUUAGACAUGUUUUAAAGUUCCUAAACUUUUGGAUGGAGCAAUUCCAUCAGUUUAAAGGAUGAAAACUAUCAAAUUAAAACCAAAAAGAGGGAGGUAUCAAAAUUAUCAAAAUUGAUCACUUCCUAAAACUAAAUUUUUAAUUAUUAUAGCUAAUAUAAAACUAGUAAGGUACUACCUAUUGAUAAUUAAAUAAAUUAAUAAAUAAAAAUACUUUAGUAAGAACUGUGAACCCAACUAUUUAUUUAUUGCACACCAUGAACAUAAAUAUUAUUGUAUUACUAAAUGGUAAAUAAUAAUUACUAUUUACUAUAUUUUACUUUUGUAACUCUGUCGUACUUGAGCAAUAAUAUAUUUAUUAAUGCGGUCGUACUAAUCACUUAGAGAGCGCUGUAUGCUGGUGUGAAAGCAAAUAUAUUUUUUGAGCUUCACAUUAUCACGGUUCGUUCCGAAACCAUAUUAUCCAUAGCUAUGAUACAUAGGUAUCAUCAUAGACCUGAUAAUAAUAUGUUUAUAGAUCUAUAUCUACCAUAGUAUAAGUUUUUUUAUUUUUAUAUUACUUAGGCAAACGCACAAAAGCAUACCUGGCUAUACAAUAUGAACAGUAAUUUUGUCAUGUACCUACACAAUUUUGUACACAUGGUAGUCAACGUGUUAAUAUAAUUCAAUACCUACAUUAAAUUUAAAAACUGUUAAAGAAUUAAGUCCUCGCAAUUAAUUAGGCUAUGCUACGCCCAUGGAAUACAUACAUUUUAAAAAAGACUGACAUACUUCACACGUGGGUGGACUACUAUUGUUAAUGAGAAGUUGGGAAGGUAGAGUGGAAAUUGAAUAUACAUCCGAAUGCAACGAUUAGUCAUUGUUAACGAAAAACUAUUUUAAACAGAUUUUAGUUCCAUAUGUUUUGAAAGACCGUAAUAUUUAUGAUUUAAUAAUAAUACAUUUCGUAUAAUUUCUCGUUUUUCCUACGUUUUUUUCCCAUUAAUUAUGAAAACCCCUGGGAAAAUCAAAAAAUGAUCUUCUUAAAAUACUACCCCCGUCAGAUUUCCUUUUAGAAAAACUGCUGUAAUUGAAUAUCGGAGCGAAAUUGGUGGUAGAAAAGUUGUCCACAGAAAAAAAAGAUAAACGUCGUUCUAAAAAUAACUACAUUCCUCGCUCCGUUCAGAAUCUAAAAACAAAAUUUAAAAUAGUAAAAUAUUUAUUUUCGUACAUUUUCCAGUUCUUUAUGCGUUUUUUUUUCAGUUUUGCUCAAUUAUUAAAACAAAUAUAAAGAAAAUCAGCAUAUAACUUUCUUAUACUCAUCAACUAGAUCUAAAAUACAACAAAAAAAGUCUUUUGUCACUCUAUGAUUUUAAGCAAGAUUUAUAGUAGAAAAAAUUAUUUACAAAAAUGUAAAAUCAUGAAAUCCUUAAGUAGGUACGCCGUAAAUAUUUGUCUGUGUAUCCUUACGUUUUUUACCAGUUAUGGGGAAAAUCAAAAAAUGCCUUAUUUAAAAUACCUCCCCAAUCAGAUUUUCUUUCAGAAAAGAUGCUAUACUUGAUACUUCGGAGCAAGAUUUCUAGUAAAAUUUUUCUAUACAGUAUAAAAAAAUUAUGAAACAUCUUUGUAAAAUCAAUUGGUACAUUUUUCACUACACUCAGACUACAAAAGCACACACCACAAGAAAACCAAUACGAUUAGAUAUAACCUCAGAGGGGUAUAUGAUGCUACGAGUUAAUCGAACCAGGGGACCCCGAGGUUUUACUAGUAGAAAGCCCAGGUAUGAGAUUCUAGCAGGCAUAAUAGGUACCUAUAUUAAUGAUUCUUUAGGAUGGAUCCUCCUCUUAUACUUGACAAUACCAUUCUCCCUAUGGGAAAAUACCCCCACGGUACAUACCUCUACUUGUCGACUAUCCUAAGUGGCAACAAAUGAGAUUGAGUCAGAUCAACAGUCGGGAUAAAGUUCUAUCAAACCUACCUAGAAGAGUUCUAAGCAAGACUUAGUCGGAUUGUUUCGUUUCAGAUGUGCGCAGGAACAACAGGUAAGAAGAGGUACCAUGGUGGAUGAUGUUUGUUGAUGAUAUAGUUAGAUAGCUUUAAUAGAAAAAAAUAUGGAAGAUUAGUAAUAGACUUGAGAAAUGGAGAGUAACACUUGAAGAAACGAAACUAAUAAUAAUUAGAAGUAAAGCAGAGUACAUAGGUACUGUGUAUAGAUACAGUGAGUUUAGAAAAACGGGACAAGACAGCUAACGAAAAUAAGUGGGGUCGUAAUAAUAGGCGAGGUUGAGAGUUUAAAGCAGGUACCUGUAUAAUAUUUGGUAUCAAAUAACGGUGGUUUUUACAAGUUUGUGAAACAUAAAAUUACUUGUGGUUGGAUAAAGUAGAGAAAAAUUAUAUGUGAAAAGAAAAUUCCAAUGAGACUUAAAAUUAUUUUCUACAAAAGUGAGGGGAAACUGACGAUGUUGUAUCUUGUAUUGGGUGGUAGACAGAAAAAUUGAACAGAGAAUGAAUGUAAUAAGUAUGAGAAUUAUUAGGUGGAUAAGUAGAGUGACAAAAGAAGAAAGGAUAAAGAAUAAGUACCCACUUAUAUAAAAAAAAUGAGGUAACUUAAGGGUGGCUUUGAUUGUAGACAAAAUCAACCGAGAUAGUUUGGGUAUAUCGUGAAGAGAGUAGGUAAUUAAAAGCAAUAAUAAUAUCCAUGAAAAUAAACACAAGAGGAAAGAGGGGCAAAGGAAGACCGUAAAAGAAAUAUUUGGAUGUGAUUAAGAACAGCCGGCGUAUGUGAAAUUAGGUCAAAUGGAAUGUAGGACUAGAGUGGCCUACCCCAAAUAGUUGAAAUGAAGGCGAAGAAAAAGAAGAAUAUGAAAUUUGCAGGUCUCCGAAAUUAUUUUUAACCAGAUUACAACAAAACAAGAUACGGACAUUAUAAAAACGACGGACAUAGAUACGUUGCACGAUAGGUAGGCUACUGUUGUAGAUGAGAAGUUGGAAAGAUAGUUUAUAGAGAGGAAUUCAAUUUAGGUAUAGGUAUCUGUAUAUAACGAUUAAUCGUUGCUAACGAAAAACGAUUCUGGGAGGAGUUCGGUUAUACAUGUUUUGAAAGGAUGCAAUAUUUAAGAUUUGAAAAAAAAAUACAUUUCGUGAAUUUUCCAGUUUUUUCCAUUUAUUGAGAAAAUCAAAAAAUGACCUCCGUACAUCAAAUAGAUCCCAAAUGCUACAAAUAAACUAUUGUCAUUUUUUGAUUAGAGUAAGAAUUUUGGCUUAAAAGUUGUCAACUGGCAGAAAACAAAUAAAUAUAAAUUUGCAUACAUAAUACUAUUACAUUAAGUAUCUAAUUAAAUAGGUACCUACCUAAUAAAAUUAUAAAAAGACAUCCUAAGAUAAUGGGGACAGAUGCAGGCACUGUUAUGGACAAUUUAAUGUAUUUACAUGUAAGUAAUGGUUUAUCGUUGCUUACAAAAAAAUGAUUUUGAACGGAGUUGAUAGCGAUGCUCAGUCAACAAUAUAUGUCAAAUAUUUUAUAGUAAAAUAAUUAAAUAGGCCUUAUAUAAUUUCUUUAAUAAUAUUUGUUUAAUGUUGUACCGAUUUUCCGACCUUAUAUGACCAUGUAUGUAAGGUGUAAAUACAUGUUGUUCUAGAUAAAAAUUAUGUCUACUAAUUCGUAGUAGGGAUGACUAUGCUUUUGGUAUACUAAAUCAAAGUAAUUAUACUACAGACUAUAUUCUAUUAUACCUUGAUAUACACUACCUACCUACCUUAUAAAUGUUGGUUUACAACUCAUAGGUAUUUACAAUGUAGCAAAUUGACUCUACAUGAUAUACUUACAUACCAUAUUACUUUACUGAAUAAAAAAAAAAAUAUUUAAACUUAAGCAAUUAAAUUUUACUAAUAAGAGCAUUUUUAAUGCAAAAAUAAGAAAUAAAGAUUUUAGAAUAAAAUAUAUAUUUAUAUUCACUUACUUAUUUAAUUGUAUUAGAUAUCAGCCAGCUUAAUUUUAUAUAGGUAAUUAGUUCAUGUCAUAUUACCUAUUAAAAUACAUUUGUUUUUAUCAAAUAGUGAUUUUAAAGGUUUCAAAAACAUUUUUCUUUAUCAAAAAGUAAUAAUAUCAGUAUUAAUAAUUCUAGUAGGUACUUACUACCUACCUACUAGAAUAAUUGCAUAGAAAACAUUGUCAGAAACGUUAAUAGGGUCAGGAAUAUAUUUUUAAUUUAUCAUGUUAGAAUUUAUUGAAUACCAAUUGAGGUGAGAUAGUAAAAAGGUCAAUAAACCAAGUUUUUAAAGAUCAGUUGUAUUAUAAUAAAAUAUAUUCAAUUCUAUCUGAACCUUUCUAUAAUUCCAAUAGUUCGUUCACAUUAAAAAAAUUAUGUUUAAUCUAUAGCUUUUAAAUUUGUGGCUGCUCAAGGUUUAAUAUUGAAAAUUAAAACUUUUAAAUUGAUAUUUGGUUUCCUUUAAUUAGACAUUUAUAAAAAUACAACAAAUUUAAAUGGUUAUAUCACAAGCUACCUUUAUAUAUUUUUAAUUAAAUAUAUUAAUUUUAUUUCCAUGGGUAAUGCUUCUAUGCUAAUAUAAAAUAUAAUAAUUUAUCCAAUAAUAAGUUAUUUUAAUUAAUUUUUCAGUUUGAAAAUAUCAAAACGACAACUGCUGCUUGAAGAUUGUGAUGAAUCUGCAAUGAGUGAUCUGAUACACGUCCAACAUGUAUAA